GCAAGCACACGUGCCCGGCGAAGGGUGGUCUGGAGAGCAGCGUCCUGCGCCCGGAGACGCCGCAGGCCGGGCAGGGAUGCAGCAGUGUUUGGGCUGGAGCCUGCAGCUGCGCUGAGAAGGCGCCGUUAUGGCGGAAGCUGCUUUUCUCCCCGGGAGUCCUUGCUCCCCAGGCCUGGCUAUGCGGCUCCCCCACCACACCACCCCCCGCCGCCUUUUUCCUUUUGUCGUUGGGUUGCUUUUCCUCUUUAUUUCACAGUUCGUUAGCCCGCGGUUUGCUGUUAAGUUCGGUACCGGCGGCCCCAGCCGCCGUGGCGCUGGACCCUGCAGCGUGUCCCGCACGGCAGCAUGUAGGGGCGGAGCUCCGGCCCGCCCCGCCCCUCCGCCUGCCUCUCCCUCACGGCAACGCCUCGUCUGCGCCCGCCCAUUGGCCCCCACCUCCCUGCUGUCCCGCCCCCUGCCGCCCGGCACGCGCCUCCUAGCACAUUGGUCCCUUCCCCGCCCUCAUUUGCAUACCGCCAGCUGAACCAAUCGCCAGCCGGUCCCUGUUUAACAUGCAAGAAUCCGACCAGUCAGCGAGCGCGGGGGACGGGCCACCACGUGCUGUUGCUAAGCUUCGGCUUCUAAAUUGUUACUAUAGUGGCCAGCCAAUCGGAGGCGGCGAUGCGGAUCUGUCAACAUUCCCUGCCCCAGCCAGAGGAAAAGGGGGGUGUGCGGGGUGUGCUCUGACUGGCGAUUGGCCCGACUGCCUCUCUGCGUCCCGCCCCCGCGCCGAAUGGCGAUUCCCUAUUGGUGGGGCCGGCUGCCCGUCUCCUGUGUGUCAAAUGUAGGUUGAGAGCGAGGUGCCUUAUAACCAGGGGCUUGGAAGUCCCCCGCGCGUGAACUCGGCGCGGUGCGCGACGUAGGGCGACGGGGGGCUGAGGGCUCGGCUCUGCACAGGCAGCCAUGGAAUUGAACUCUCUGUUAAUCCUCCUGGAAGCGGCCGAGUACUUGGAGAGAAGAGACCGAGAAGCAGAACAUGGCUAUGCAUCAGUGUUACCCUUCGAUAGUGACUAUUCCAGAAAGAAAACAAAGGCAGGCACCAUGGCCAGAAAAUCCCAGAAUAACAGGUCAUCACACAACGAACUAGAAAAGCAUAGGCGGGCUAAACUCCGGCUAUAUUUGGAACAGCUCAAGCAGCUCGUGCCUCUCGGGCCAGACAGCACCAGGCACACCACUCUAAGUCUGUUGAAAAGAGCCAAGAUGCACAUCAAGAAAUUGGAAGAGCAGGACCGGAAAGCUCUGAACAUUAAAGAACAAUUGCAGCGGGAGCACCGCUACCUCAAGCGGCGGCUGGAGCAGCUCUCCGUGCAGGGCAUGGAGCGGAUCCGCACCGACAGCAUGGGAUCAACAAUAUCCACUGACUCUGAGCAAGAAGUAGACAUUGAAGGGAUGGAGUUCACCCCAGGGGAAAUGGACAGUGUUGGGAGCGCCAGCGAUGCUGAAGACCACUACAGUUUGCAAAGCGGCUCGAGCGACGGAGGGUACACACAUUCCCGCAGACUGAACGCCAGGCUCUCCUAGUGCCUGAGGUACCCACCCAGCUCAGGACCAUCUGACUGAAGCACUUAAACAUGAAUAUUCCAGAGGUGUCAACUGCCACUCUUCCGGGAAACCCCAACCACAGUCCUCUGACCUGGAGGUUUCUUACCCACGGUUCCCUGCACUGUAACCACGAUAUUAGAUCUUGUAAAUCCUGGGUCUGCUGCAGAGAACUGUGGUUAGGUACAGUUGUGACUUAAAGCUAGCUUGAUGUAGCCAUACUGCAAAUUAAAAGAAAAAAAAAUAAUGAUGUCAUUCCAUUCAAGAAGUAUUAAAUUCAACCUGUUGGAAGUGUGGUGUAAGGGGAGUUUGACAGUUAUUUUGAUUUUUGCAGAAUCCAUUUUCAGCCAUGGAAGGAUAAAUGGAAUCUACAGUGUGUUAGUGAUUCAGAGAUACAAAAAAAACCAACCCUAAAACUA